AUGGAGAACAGAAGCCGCCGCAACAACUUAAGGUUGGUGGGGCUCAAAGAAGGUAUGGAGGCGGGCGAUAUCUACGGCGCACUGGACAAGAUCCUGUGCUACAUACUAGACCGACCAAAUGACCAGCUGGCUCCAGAGAUAGACCGUGCGCAUCGCACACCAAGGCCGAUGCCAAAUCCGGACCAGCCACCUCGUCCCAUCAUCCUACGCUUGCUGCGCUGGAGAGACAAGCAAGACAUCAUUAGAGCUGCCACCAGAAAACAGCUCACCUGGGGACGCCAGCGCUUUUCAGUCCACUCCUGCUUAUCACUGGGUCUCUCUGUAGGCCUCGGGAAGUUGAAAUUAUCUAAUAACCCACCGUCUUGCAACAAGGUCCUACAGAACCAGGACGUCUCCACCUCGUACAGCCCUGGUCUCCACCAACACUACACAGAGGUGACAGGAGGCACUGGUUGGUUUGGGGAGUUUUCACUCACUCAUAAUGACUCCCUGGGCUACGGGAAUUGGCUGAGCACCCUGAAGGACCACCCAGAUAUUGUUUCAUACUCCCUCAGGCCAAUGUAUGAGCUGGUGCCAAAUGAGACACAGAAGGCAGGGAUGAAGGCAGCCAUAGAGCAGUACUUAGCAGACAAUGCNAGGCCAAUGUAUGAGCUGGUGCCAAAUGAGACACAGAAGGCAGGGAUGAAGGCAGCCAUAGAGCAGUACUUAGCAGACAAUGCUGUGACAAAGUCACCCAAAGAACCAUAUUGCGGGUGGCACACUCCUAACCUGGCUUCCAACUGCUGUCCUCGAGAGACCUGGAGAGGAACACUUGUGGUGACAAUCGUCCGAGGCUGGGAUCUGAGUGGAGAUUACACUGGCAACACUGAGAGCUAUGCUAAGAUGUGGUACGGAUCCUCCUAUCACAGGACUGACAUGAUCUGCUCAAACUACCCCAGGUGGAAUGCUCGUUAUUAUCUGGGCAAGGUGGACACACACUUGGGUUUGGAGGUCGAGGUCUGGGAUGAGGACGUGUGGUAUGAUGACCUUCUGGGAUCAUGUAUGAAGUACCUGAGGCAGGGGACACACAGAUUCACCUGCUGGGCAGAGAAUGGCGGCGGAAUUGAGGUCCAGUACACUCUGUACUGUGACAGUCACCUAACUGGAGACAGGUGUGACCGUUACAGACCCUCUCCACAGUGAGAAAUGUAUUCUGACUGUGCUGCUCACUUUUCUUUCUUCUGGAUAUGUUGAUUACUUUCAUUGAAGUGUCAUUCAACACAAUUCAGGGUUUAUUUUAGAAACAUUUGUUAUCAGUGUUGUGUUUAGCAGUGGGGUUAAAUCAGAGGUAAAUUUACAUUAUGAAACUGAAGUACCUGACUUCAUUCAUAAAUGUAUACUCAAUCUCAGAGCCCAUCAGCUAUCAUCUAACGUCAUAAAGCUUCUGGGAGCGGGGCCAAUAUUUCAGGUUGAUCCAAUGUAGCCAGCAGAUAUCCAGGCCAAGACCUCCUCUGCAUGCCGGUCAUUUCCAGUAACCUCUAUAAAAUGAUAUCAACAUACGAAUGCAGAUUUAAAAGGAUAAAAAACAUAAAAUAUAAAGCUAAAUUAUUAUCAGACAAUAUCCAAUGUGUUCUGAGGUUGUAUUUUGGCCAAUGCGUUAUGCCUCUCUACAUGAACUGUUUACCUGCCAUUCAAAUGUAAUUGGUCAAUAGUACUUAGACUACAAACAGAAAUCAAGGGCCUUAUUCACAAAGCUGAGAAAAUUCCUUAAAUUAUGACUUUGUUUUUGUUUUGUUUUUAGAAUUUCCCAUGCAAGUUAUGACUAGGUCCUGGUAAAGAGAAAGGUUGUUCACAAAGCAUCUUAGCCCUUAAGAGAAAAAGGGUUAGGAGUAGGGAGGAGGACUUUAAAGAGGCCUAAGAGUUUCUUAAGUGCAGAGAAAAUGGUGGAAACACAAAGGUAGGAGAAAUAUUCUCCAGAUGCUGGACGACAGUGAGUAAAUGAAACACUCCAGUUCAGAUGGUGCAGGAAUGAUAUUUGUGGUCCAGGAAUGAUAUUUGUGGUCCAUCUCAUUAGGGAUGUGCACACAUUUCUCACCCAAUGCAAUAACAAUAUAACGGUAGAAAUAAAGUGAUCACACAAUAAGAUAUUUAGAAAACUGGACAAAUGCAACAGUGCAGCGGUGGUGGCUUGUUUCUGUCUCAUCCUCCCAUUAGCAGAGUGAUCACACCAACAAUGACAACACUUUCACGGUCUUAUAUUGUGACGCAGUUCAUUAUUUUGGAGGUGGGAUUUGCCUUUGGUUUUUAUUUGAGUCACAGAUUAUGUCUAUACGGUUGCGGUUAGAAUCUUUGUAAUCUCUACCAUAAGAGCAGCAUUUUUGUGUCCUUUCUCAUGCAAAUAAAGCCUAUGAAAACAUCA